AUCGACCGACAAAUGCGGCGCAGCCUUCGGUCUGCCCAGUCGUCCACAGCUCAUAACCCGCGGAUUUACAAUCAACAAUUGAUACAGAUUUCUGCCCAGGGAUAACUUUCUUUUCCCUUGGUAUAUUUUCUAAAUAUGAGGUGGUUUGUGUAUCCAAACAUGGUGUAGCUCAAAUCUCUGAAGCAGCAGCAGGAUGUCCAGUAGCUCGGGCUACCCGCCCAGCCAGGGCAGCUUCAGCAGUGAGCAGAACCGGUACCCACCACAUUCUGUCCAGUACACCUUCACCGGCACACGCCACCAACAGGAUUUCGCCAUCCCAGACUAUCGAAAUCACAUGCAAGAUGCACAGGGUCGGAGAAGACCAUCUUUACUGUCUGAAUUCCACCCUGGAACUGAAAGGCCUCCAGAGAGACGCCAUGGUUACGAACAGCAGUUUCACUCCAUCUCAUCCCAGUCUGAGCAUGAGGCUUUGGAUUCUAAACGCCCUCGCAUGGAGACUGUUGCUGAGGCCCACAUCACCCGCACACCUGCCACUGCUGGGGGUAUUGUCCUGCCUGUAAACCAUACAGUACAGGACAGUCUAAGAGCCACUGUGGAGGUAAAAAAGGAAUUUCAGUUUACUGUCAAAGUGGAGUCCCCGUCCUCAGUAGGACCUUCACUACACUUGGGUGAUGAGCAGGAUGCCUCUCCUUCCAAACUAUCCAAGGAGGAGCUGAUCCAGAGUAUGGACCGUGUAGACCGAGAGAUUGCUAAAGUGGAGCAGCAGAUCUUCAAGCUGAAGAAAAAGCAGCAACAACUGGAGGAGGAAGCAGCAAAGCCAGUGGAGCCAGAAAAGCCAGUGACCCCUCCCCCAGUGGAGCACAAGCAUCGCAGCAUAGUCCAGAUCAUCUACGAUGAGAACAGGAAAAAAGCUGAAGAGGCCCAUAAAAUUCUGGAAGGUCUUGGUCCUAAGGUUGAGCUGCCGCUCUACAAUCAGCCAUCAGACACAAAGGUGUACCAUGACAACAUCAAGACCAACCAAGUCAUGAGGAAGAAGCUAAUUUUGUUUUUCAAGAGGAGGAACCACGCUCGAAAACAAAGGGAACAGAAGAUCUGCCAGCGCUACGACCAGCUGAUGGAAGCGUGGGAAAAAAAGGUGGAGCGAAUGGAGAACAACCCCAGACGCAAAGCCAAGGAGAGCAGAACACGGGAGUACUAUGAAAGGCAGUUCCCUGAGAUUCGCAAGCAGAGAGAGCAGCAGGAGCGCUUCCAGAGGGUUGGACAAAGAGGAACGGGCCUUUCUGCAACAAUAGCAAGAAGCGAGCAUGAGAUUUCUGAAAUCAUAGAUGGUCUUUCUGAACAGGAGAACAAUGAAAAACAGAUGAGACAACUGUCAGUCAUCCCUCCCAUGAUGUACGACUCUGAGCAGAGGCGAGUGAAGUUUAUCAACAUGAACGGCCUGUUGGAUGACCCAAUGAAGGUGUACAAAGCCAGGCAGUUCAUGAAUGUUUGGACCGAACACGAAAAGGAGAUCUUUAAGGAAAAGUUUAUCCAACACCCUAAGAACUUUGGCCUUAUUGCCUCCUAUCUGGAGAGAAAGUGUGUUGCUGACUGUGUCCUUUACUACUAUUUGACCAAGAAGAACCACAACUACAAGACGCUGGUGAGGCGAAACUAUGGAAGACGGAGAGGAAGGAACCAGCAAAUAACCCGUCCCUCACAAGAAGACAAGUCCGACGACAAAAACGAAGAGGACAAAUCUGAGAAAUCUGACAAAAAAGAGGAAGAGGAAAAGAAGGACGAGGAAGAGAAAGAUGAAAAGGAGGAUUCUAGGGACAUUGGCAAGGACAAAGACAAGUGUGACGGUGGGGAGGACGAGGACGGAAAGGAGCAAAACACGCCGCGUGGCAGGAAGACUGCCAAUAGCCAGGGCCGCCGUAAGGGAAGGAUCACCACACGCUCCAUGGCCAAUGAGGCUGCAUCUGUGGCGGCUGAAGAGGCACCUCCCCCUGCCCCUGAGCCUGCCUUGCCAGAUCCUCCGCAGCUCCCGAAGUCUGAUCCAAUGCAGAAGUCCAUGAAGGAGCCUGCAAAACCCCAGACUCCAGUAGUUUCCAUGGAUGCUAAUAAAGCUGGUGCUGGUGAAACCGGAGAAACUUCUCGCUGGACCGAGGAGGAGAUGGAGGUUGCCAAAAAAGGGCUAGUUGAGCAUGGGCGAAACUGGACAGCCAUUGCCAAAAUGGUGGGCACCAAAAGUGAGGCACAGUGCAAGAAUUUCUAUUUCAAUUACAAGAGACGUCACAACCUGGACAACCUGCUCCAGCAGCAUAAGCAGGACACACGGCGGGCUCGUGCUGAUAGGUCUCAAGGUGAAGGUCUAGCCACAGUGUCACCUGAUGAUGAUGACGAUGAUGACGAUGAUGAUGAUGAUGACGACAACGCAGAUGACAGUGAAGGCGGUGACAACAGCUCAGAUACAGAGAGUGCUCCCUCCCCCUCUCAGUCUACCGACUCAAAGAGAGCAGACCGCACUGCAGGAGAUGCUCAUUGCUCUGACCAGGACAAAGGUCAGGCCAGUAAUGGAAAGGCCCUUGAGCCCUUAUACGGAGGACUCUGUGUCAAGGAAGAGAAAAGCCCAGAGAGUGAGACUGGAUCUCAGGAGGAAAAGGCCAGGAUGACUUCCUAUACAGGCUCAGUGCAUCCCAAAACUGAACCUCAGGAUGUGGACAUGAAGACUGGAGAGGUUCAGGUCAAGAUGGAGCCUGAGCUUAAGGAGAGAGGAGAAAAGGGAGAUCAUGGUGAGAGGCAUGGGGAGAUCAACUCCGAUAAUGACUCCAGCGCCACCUGCAGUGCUGACGAGGAUGUGGAAGCAGAGCCCGAAAGACAGAGAAUAUUCUCCAUGGAAAGGCCUACACUGCUCAACCCUCCAGGCUCAGUGCUGGUGUCCUCACCCAAGCAAACCCAACUCAACAUCCAGCAGAUGCAGCAUCGGGCAGCUACCAUCCCACCUAUGGUGCAUGGUCCCUUUGGCCCCGGUGGUGUGCCCAUCAGUGGCUUUGCCAUGUUGCAACACCAGAUCAAAGCAGUGCACGAGUCAGCACACCAAGAGGAGAAGCAGAGGCAGGAUCAGGGAGACCUGGAGCGCAGACCGCCCUUCAACACCCGCAGCCCCACCGUAAUAGACAGAGAUGGUAAGCCCUUACCCUACAUGCCUUAUGACAUGAAGCUGGCUCUGGACCAGGAGGUCCAUUCUGGCCGGCCAGGCUCUCCCUACAGGCUCUCCCCUAGGGAGCUGAGCAAGGCCUCACCCCAGCCUGACCCCAACGCCCCCAAUGCCUCCCGCUACAGUGUGCCACCAGUCCUCCACCCUGCCCCCAACCAGCUGGUCCAGAGUAUGGCAGAUGGAGUCCGUGUGACAUUCAGCAGACCCAGUCGACCUCCCAACAUUCCCUCUCCUCCUCCACUCAUUCCAACCACCAAGCCCACGGACAAGCCAUCCUUCAUUCAAGGAGGCUCCAUCUCCCAGGGAACUCCUGGAACAUAUCUGCCAUCCCAUGCUGUCUAUGGGCCAGAGGGGACUAAGAGCAAUGUGGGCUCCAUCUCUCUGGGUCUGCCUCGGCAGCAGGAUCCUAACAAGCCUGGAGCUGCAGUUCCAUCCAUACAGGAUGGCAGAGGCAACCAAGCAAAGAUGGGUGAGGGUCUGACUAUGAGAGGAUCAAUCACUCAGGGCACACCAGCCCUGCCCCAGUCCAGCAUUGCUGCUGACCUCCUGAAGGGCACAGAGGACCUGAGCAGCCAAGACAAGGCAAGGGGAGAACAGCUGUCUAAGGGUCAUGUCAUCUAUGAAGGCAAGAGUGGUCACAUCCUCUCCUAUGAUGCUAUCAAGAACCCCAGGGAAAACACCCGCAGCCCCAGAUCAGGGCAUGAGAUGAAACGCACGUAUGACAUGAUGGAGGGACCCAUGAGCAGGGGACACCCUGGCAGGGAAGGAGCUCCAUUCGAGGGGUUGAUUAGCAGAGCCUUGCCCAGAGAAGGUCUACAUGGAGAUUCUAAGGAAAGACCAUUGAUCACAGGGUCCAUCAUGCAAGGAACACCUAGAACCGCCGCAGAGACUUAUGAAGAUGCCAUGAAAUAUGGAAAACAGAUAAAGCUAGAAAGCCCACCAAUCCGCUCCUUCGAAGGGGGUAUUGGCAAGGGCAAGCCCUACGAGGGAGUCAAUACUAUCAAAGAGAUGGGACGCUCCAUUCAUGAAAUCCCCAGACAAGAUCAGUCUGGCCAGGACAUCUGCAAGACCCCUGAACUGUCAGACAGGAGAGUUAUUGAGGGCAUGUCUCAGAUUCACCCUCUCAACCAGUCUACUAUCAAGCACAAUGUCAAGUCCCUCAUCACCAGUCCGUCUAAGCAUCCCCACAGCAUGCCUCAGCUCGAGGCCAUGGAACGAGCCAAAUACGAGGAGAGCAAGGCAGUACGCCACACUGUGGUCAACUCCACCGCCUCUGUCCUGCGCUCCACACACCAGGAGGCCGGCAAAUCCCAGCUUAGCCCAAGCAUGUAUGAGGACGCCAACGCUCGCAGGACGCCUGUUAACUACAGCACCAAUCCCGUUUCGAGAGGAUCACCCAUGUUGGGACGUACACCAGAGGGUGUUGUGAGCUCUGCAAAAUCUGCUGCACAUGAAAGAAAGAGUGCCAUGACCCCGACACAGAGGGACAGUGUCCCAGCCAAGUCCCCAGUGUUGGGUGGUGACCCUGUAGCCUCUCACAGCCCCUUUGACCCCCACCACCGGCCUGUUGGUCCUGGGGAAGUUUACCGAGCCCACCUGCCUCCACAUCUCGACCCCACCAUGGCCUUUCACAGAGUGCUGGAUCCUGCAUUCAUGUUCCCCAGGCAGCCAUCUCCAACAGGCUACCACAACACCUACCAGCUGUACACCAUGGAGAACACGCGGCAGACAAUCCUCAACGAUUAUAUCACUUCCCAGCAGAUGCAAGUCAUCCGACCUGACAUGGCCCGAGGGUUGUCACCACGGGAACAGCCCGUCGCUAUGCCUUACGCAGCCGGAGCUCGAGGGAUUAUUGAUCUAGCCCAGAUGCCUCCAACUAUCCUGUUGCCUCACCAUGGGGGAACAGGUACUCCCACUUUGGAACGCAUCGCCUACCUCCCUGGAGCUCAGCCCCCUUUCCCUCUUAGGGCUUUCAACCCAACCUCCAUAUCGCCAGGCCACCAAGCCCACCUUGCUGCUGCAGCCGCUGCCAGUGCAGAGAGGGAGCGUGACCGGGAGCAGCAGGAGAAAGAGAGGGAAUCGCGAGACCGGGAGAGAACCAACGAAUACAUCCGCGGAGGUGUACCAGAGCAGCCAGGCCGGCCAGGGAGUCGAGGUUAUCUGCAUUCCCCUUCUCCCUCGCUCAGGACACAGCAGGAUGUAGUGCAGCAGCGGCCUAGCAUCUUCCAGGGCAAGAGUGUCAUCACCUCUCUAAUGCCCCAUUCAGCAGCAGCGACGGCAGCAGCACAGAGUAGCUCCCGCUACAGUACUGCAGCUGAUGCUCUGGCUGCUCUGGUGGAUGCUGCAGCCUCUGCCCCGCAGAUGGACGUGGCCAAGGUGAAGGAAAACAAGCAUGAGCGGGAUGACGACAUGUCUACGUCGGCUGCAGCUCGGCGAGCAGCCAGCAUCUCCGAACAGCAGGAGGCAGAAAGGCGGUCCAUGCAGUCACCCUAUGGUGCUAUGUCUCUGCCAGGAGGUAAACCCCAUCCAGCUUACUCUGAGGGCCCUGGAGUUGGGGUUAAGGAUAAGGGCCAUCCGACCUCAAAGUCCCGCAUCGAAGAGGAGCUUCGGACUCGUGGAAAGACGACCAUCACAGCUGCUAACUUCAUCGAUGUCAUCAUCACACGGCAGAUAGCCUCGGACAAAGACUCACGAGAGCGAGGCUCUCAGAGCUCUGACUCCUCCAGCAGCUUGUCAUCCAGUCGAUACGACAACACUGGUGGAGGAGCCAUUGAGGUGAUUAGUCCUGCUAGUUCACCAGUCCAACCACAACAGGACAAACCUGAGGAAGGACAACAGGCAGCAGCAGCUGGCAUGCGGGCCUACGACAUAAGUCGUUACCGGCCAUCAGGGGAGCCACCACAGCCGAGUCCCCAGCAGCCCCCCUCAUCCCAGAUUGACAGCUACUCCCAGGUCCCCAAGACUCACCGGGUCAUGACCUUGGCAGACCACAUUUCGCAUAUCAUAACCCAGGACUUCGCCCGGAAUCAGGACCCUCCUCCUGUCUCCUCCUCAGCUUCGGCCACAUUCCAGAGCGUGAUGGCACCCGUGUCCUCUUCAGGGCGAGCCAAGGUGUCCAGCCGCUACAGUCCUGAGAAUCAGGUCCAGGCCCCACACCACCAGAGAUCCUCCAGCAGAGUUUCCCCAGAGAAUGCCCCUGACAAGCCCAGAGCCAGGCCUGGAAAAUCUCCAGAGCGAGGCGGCAGGCAGAUGGAGAACUAUGAACCCAUCUCUCCACCACAGAGCUACCAAGGCGUGGACAAACAGGAGGUGGUCGGGCCUCCACCCCAGAGGCGAGAGGCUGACAACUCCGAGAUCCGGACUGACUCGCGAUCCCCGGGGAGUGUCAGCUAUCUGCCUUCCUUCUUCACCAAGCUGGAGAACACCUCACCAAUGGUGAAAUCCAAGAAGCAGGAGAUCUUUCGUAAGUUGAACUCCAACUCUGGUGCCGGUGAUUCUGAUGUUGGAAACGCACAACCAGGCACAGAGAUUUUCAACUUGCCUGCUGUUACAAGCUCCAGCAGCAUCAACACCAGGAAUCACUCAUUUAGUGACCCAGCCAGUAACCUGGGCCUGGAGGACAUCAUCCGUAAAGCCUUGAUGGGCAACUUGGAGGAGAAACCAGAAGAGCACCAGGGAGGACUAGGGGCUCAGGGUGCCAUCAACAACACACCCUGCACAGGCAGUGAAGCCCGCCAGGAGGCUAACCGGUCACCCAGUAUGGGAAAGCAGAAGCAGGGCAAAGCCAACAGCCGGAAAUCCAAGUCACCUAACCUGGGUCAGGCCUACGCUGGAGGGGAGCGUCCCUCCUCAGUGUCCUCCGUCCACUCUGAGGGAGAUUAUCACAGACAAGCCCAAGCCCAGCCCCAAUGGAGCUGGGACGACCGACCCUCAUCCACAGGAUCCAUGCAGUUCCCUUACAACCCGCUGACCAUGCGCAUACUGAGCAGCACGCCACCCACCUCCAUAGCUUCCCCCUCCAUACAGAGUCAGCAACAGAAGCAGCUGCAGCAGCAGCAGCAGCAGCCGCCUCCAGCUGGAGCCCCGGUGGCCCAGCAGCGCGUCUGGCAGUCUCUGCUGUCAGAGCAAUACGAGACCCUGUCUGACAGCGACGACUGAGCCCUGCUGGCUACAGCCCCCAUAACCUUAAUAGAGGCCUGCGCUAAGGCUUUUCUUUUCAUCCCCCUUUCCCAGAACUAUCUUCGCUUACUGGCGAGUGUGACAAGUAGAUGGGGUGUUGUCCUUUUUCUUUUUGGUGCUAUGGCACCCCCUGGCUAUUAGCUAAGAGUACAAGCAGCAGCCUGACAGGCAGGGCUGUCCAGAACAAGACUGGCUUUGGUCUGGAAGCACUCACCCAGCCUGUUGGGGAAAUAAGCAAGACUCGACUGAGGGGACGACAUGAGCUAUAUUAAAGAUGAAGAACUUAAUAUGUAAAAAGAAACAACAUAAGAGACUAUUUCUGAAUUUUUUUGAUUUCUGUAAAGAUAUACCUUGUCUUUAAGAGAAUCAUUGUAUGUAAAUAGAGUAACCUUUUGCAGUGUUUUUCUUAACUUGAUUGUUUCUUAUUUUAAUGUCGCUUUUAAAUUGAUCCACUUUAAAUGGGAAGAGUAGGGGUGUAAUCUUUAGUAUCACAGAUGGUCUCUCCCAGUCCACCCCCGCCCCACGUGACCUGACACCCACUCUAAUAUUUUUACCAUAGUGACGUUAAGAGAGACCGAACCUUUGGUUUGUACUUGACCAUGAGUGGAGCACAGAGGUUCAGCCACCCUGCACCAUCCACCAAGCACCACCAGAGCCUGAAUAUCGUGGACAUUCGAGGAUGAAACGGAACAUUUAAACAGCAAUGAUAUGUGAUGCUUUUCUUCGCCACAUAGUGGAGAUGAUGCAUGCAUUGUAACUAUCAGAUGGUAGGGGUAACAUCUCACCCCGUUCAAGACAGAAAAAUGUCUUCAUAAGAAGUUGAGAACACUGGUGUUAUAGCAGAACGGUGAAAAGUCUGAUAUAAGCUUAAUUUUGCCAGAAAAAAUAUCCUAUGACUACUCCUGGACCCCGUCUAAACAAUGAAAGUGAGCCAAUGUUUUUUUGCUUAGUUUUUUUCAAUAGCUGACCAUGGUGUGUCACAUGUAGCUUCUCUCUCUGCAGUUUCCAACCUGUUAAGAAUGAUUUGCUCUGCAAUGAUGUCAUGGUAAAAAAUAGUAUGUCAGGUUUUGCCAUGCCUUGUGACUUGAGAAAGAAGGCAGCUUUAACUAAUUUUCUCAGAGAUAUACGUUGGUGUUUGAUGUUUGUAUUUGUUUCUGUAGUCCCUCUUUUUUUUUUCUCUUCUUUUUUUUGAUACUGUCCUGACAAUAAUCUGAACUCUGUAAAUUGUCUUUCCAUUACACAAAAAAGACAAAACUAACCAAACAAAGAAUGGUCUGCACCAUUGUUGCACUUUUUUGCUUUGUAGCUUUUGACAAAAAAAAAGCAUACUACCUGCUGUGUAACUUAUUCAACCUCCAGCAGAGGAGUAUACUAAAAUGUGCUUUAACGUUUUUCCACCACUCACAGAAAUCUGGAUGUUUUUUACUUCCUGUCCUUUCUUGUAGCUGGUACAUGAUUCUGUAGUGUGAGGCUUGCAUCACAGUUACAGUUUUAAGUGUAUGGUACCGUUAAAUGUUUAGGAGUUUGCUGUCAUGGUGAGUCAAAACCGUGACCACUUAAGCUCUACUAUCAUUGUGUCAAUCAACAGGCAUAAAGCUUUGAAUAUUAAUUAUUAUAGGUCAACUUCAUAAAUGGCAGUAAUGUUCCUUUGCAAGUAUGUGAAAAAUACAAUAUUUUUUUUUUUUUUUUUUUAGCUUUCACUUUGCUCAGUUAACACAUCCAUUCUGCAAUGAUAAACUUGAUAUUUCCUUUCCUCCCUUUAUUUUGAUUUUGAAUAAUUUGUCAUAGCACAUGUUCAGAUUUUUAUUUUAUGUCAUUUUCAACAUCUUCGUUAUUCAUCCUGUUUAGAUGGGAUGUUAUGUGUUUACAAAGGCAAUGAAAAAAAAAAAAGUUUACAAACUUGAAUCUUAAUGAAAUCCGACAUGAAGCCGAAAAAGAAUUGGAGCAUCUUUUCAGCUCUCUAUCAAACACGCAGUAGUAACUUUUUUUUUUGUCUUUUUGAAAUUAAGACUUGAAAACCCGUGUAUUCUAUGAUGUUGAAAUGCAAUGUUUGUAUCGCACAAUGUCUCUUAGUAGGCUAUUACAAGAGUUCAGACCAAUCAAAUAAAGUGGAUCAGUUCUCCACCACUGAAAUGUG